AAGUGAAACUCGUUUGUUACGUUGAAAUCAUUGGCUCUGGCCAUCAUCAGCAUUGGCAUCAUGGCCAAUUGGCAGCUCUAGGCCAAUACAUUAAAAUUAACUUUCAAGUUACAGGUAUUUCAGGCAUUGCAAGAAGUACGUUCUCCCUCCGUGCUGUUAAAUAGACGAUAUCCAUAAAAUAAUCAGUUUUCAGUAUUUUAAGUUUUGUCUAGCUGUGCAAAAUUCAACCAGUACAUAGCUGUGUAGCUACUGGCAUUACAGAAGUGUGUGAGAAAACUCAAAUGACAUGAGGAUGGCAGACUGCCCAUCACAACCCCCUUACAUUGAUUUUUUUCUCUGACCGCCCUAGAGAUUUGGGAAUAGAGGAUUUGACGUUUCCUGUGGGGAAUCUACUGAUGGAGAAAUAUUUGUCAAGGCAUAACCGCUUUGAAAGCACAGUUCUUGCUGCUGUUGCAUCACAGCAACAUCCGUUUUUCAGCAAAUGCACUGCAAAAACGACCUACAUGUAAAAUAUUACGUAUUUUUCCCCUGCUGUGUCAAUGCUGGACGUGGUUCCUUUGGCACUGUUCUUUGACCUCUCUGCUCCCUAGACACCCUCCUCCGCCUGGAGUCUUGGAUCAGCUGGAGCCGGAGAAGCGCCCGCUCCGAUGCCCACCUCCUCCCACACCCACCUUGACUCCGCCCCCUCCUCGCUUGGGGGGGGGGCUGGCCACGGGGCCGCGCGCCCUCGCGCGCGCCCUUGCUCCGGCGCGUGCUCGCUGGCCUUUUCCCUCCAGUCCAGCCCAGCUGGGGCGCCGCGAGGGGGCGGAGUGGGGUGUGGUGGGCGCGCUGGGGCGGCUCCUGCGCGUUCCCGCCGAGGCAGCGGCGGCGGGAGCGGCAGAGACGGCAGCGGCCGGAGUCCCGUUGCUGAGUCUCACAUCCGGGUUCUGGCCGUGACCCAGCUGCGGCCGCCGCGGAGAUGUGACCCGGCAGUACGGCAAAUAUGGCGGAGCCAUCUGUUGAAUCUUCAAGUCCAGAAAUGGAUGAAAUGUUUGACUGCCCAUGAAAGUACAGGAGGUUCAGCAACAUCGGAUGACCAUGAAUUUGAUCCAUCAGCUGACAUGCUGGUUCAUGAUUUUGAUGAUGAACGAACAUUAGAAGAGGAAGAAAUGAUGGAAGGAGAAACUAACUUCAGUUCUGAAAUAGAAGAUCUUGCAAGGGAAGGCGACAUGCCAAUUCAUGAACUUCUCAGCCUUUAUGGUUAUGGUAGUACUGUUCGACUACCUGAAGAAGAUGACGAAGAGGAGGAAGAGGAAGAAGAAGGUGAAGAUGAUGAAGAUGCUGAUAAUGAUGACAACAGUGGCUGUAGUGGGGAAAAUAAAGAGGAGAAUAUAAAGGAUUCAUCCGGUCAGGAAGAUGAAACUCAGUCUUCCAAUGAUGAUCCAUCACAAUCUGUUGCUUCUCAAGAUGCCCAGGAAAUAAUCCGCCCACGUCGAUGUAAAUAUUUUGAUACAAAUAGUGAAGUAGAAGAAGAAUCUGAAGAAGAUGAAGAUUAUAUUCCAUCAGAAGACUGGAAAAAGGAGAUUAUGGUGGGCUCCAUGUUUCAAGCAGAAAUUCCAGUUGGCAUUUGUAGAUACAAAGAAAAUGAAAAAGUAUAUGAAAAUGAUGAUCAGCUCUUGUGGGACCCUGAGUACUUACCAGAAGAUAAAGUGAUUAUAUUUCUUAAAGAUGCAUCUAGAAGAACAGGUGAUGAGAAAGGUGUAGAAGCAAUUCCUGAAGGAUCUCACAUAAAAGACAAUGAACAGGCUUUAUAUGAAUUGGUUAAAUGCAAUUUUGAUACAGAAGAAGCAUUGAGAAGAUUAAGAUUUAAUGUAAAAGCAGCUAGAGAGGAAUUAUCUGUUUGGACAGAAGAAGAGUGUAGAAAUUUUGAACAAGGGCUGAAGGCCUAUGGAAAGGAUUUUCAUUUGAUUCAGGCUAAUAAAGUCCGAACAAGGUCAGUUGGUGAAUGUGUAGCAUUCUAUUACAUGUGGAAAAAAUCUGAACGUUAUGAUUUCUUUGCUCAGCAAACACGAUUUGGAAAAAAGAAAUAUAAUCUUCAUCCUGGUGUAACGGAUUACAUGGAUCGUCUUCUAGAUGAAAGUGAAAGUGCUGCAUCUAGUCGAGCACCAUCUCCUCCCCCAACUGCAUCAAAUAGUAGUAACAGCCAGUCAGAGAAAGAAGAUGGCACUCUAAGCACUACUAAUCAGAAUGGAGUGUCAUCUAAUGGACCAGGUGAAAUAUUAAACAAAGAAGAAGUAAAAGUUGAAGGGUUACACAUUAAUGGACCAACAGGUGGAAAUAAGAAACCACUUCAUGGAGAUAUGGAUACUAAUGGUUAUGAAACAGAUAACCUUACCACUGACCCAAAACUUGCCCAUAUGACUGCAAGAAAUGAAAACGAUUUUGAUGAAAAAAGUGAGAGACCUGCCAAAAGGCGAAGGGUAAACAGCAGUGGAAAAGAAAGUCCAGGUUCUUCUGAAUUUUUCCAAGAAGCAGUCUCACAUGGGAAAUUUGAAGAACUUGAAAACACAGAUGACUAAAUUUUAGACCUAUUUUACUUUCUUUGGAGUAAAUUCUGGUGUGACUAAAAUUUUCAGGGUUGAUGGGUUACCUUAAAAAGUUGAAUUUCUUGAAGCAGUUUGUUAAAAUUUGGAAAUUUGAAUUGAGUCUUAACUUUAGGAAAUGAGGUUUCAUAAUUCUGCCUUUUGCAGAUUUUUUUUACUUUAAAGCUGUCAGACUCUUUUAAGGAUAUUUUAAAAAUUAGUAAAUUUGAGUGAACUAAAGAUAUAUCUGCACCUUCUCAUUUGAUGUAUUAAUCAUAAAAUUUCACUACGAGGUAAUUUUUGCUUAGUUUGAUGGAGGAAUGGGAAAAAACUCAAGUCCAAAUUUCUGCUUAACACCAGUUUCUCUGAGUUUCUUGAAAUGUCUUGUCUUUAUAACAGACAUUUUUCUUGCCAUACAGUUUGAGUAUCAUUAUUAAGGAAACCCUUAUGAAUCCUGAAAAUUAUGCUAGCAUGAUUUUUUUAUAUAUAGAAGUUUAAAAAUAAACCAGGUCAGGUUUGUAUAUGUAAAAUUGUUGACAUCAAUGAUGUCUUUCCAUAUUCUUAUCUGGGCUUAAGAAAUACAUUCUGUAUUUUUCCAGAUUCUUUGUAGCCUUUGAAAGAUUUUUACAGUACAUAUGUCUUGACUGAGCUGUCCUUUCUUAAUACAAAAGCUUGUAUAAUUUUCUUAACUUGUACAGUUGGUAAACUUUUAUGAGAGGAAUUGUUAUUCUGAGUCUGUCAGCUUUCAUUUUAUUUUGCUAAGGUUUUUCUAAUGAUUUUUUAAGUGUUUGUGUAGUAAUUAAGUCAUAUUUCUUAUCCAGGUGGUAAAAGCAUUCAUAAAAGAUUAUAAAAAUUUGUUUUUGUUUUUGUUUUUCAAAUUUCUACUUAACGGCAAGUAAUUUGAGAAUUCGGAAAUUAAGCAUGAUGCUUAGAUUGCAUUUUGUUUUGCAUUUGCUAUUAAUUUUCAAAAUUAUUCUUAAAGCAAAACAAAAGUUUAAUGUCAGCUUAAGUGCUUUUAAAUAUGUCAUGCUGACCAGAAUCCUGUUAUUUUUAUAUGCAUCAUAAAAUUUCCCAUUUCUGCAUUAAAUAGAGGGGGUCAAGUGAUACUUAGAUACUGGCACACACAAGGAACAACUGUUGGCAGGCAGUAUUGAUUUUAUGAAGAGAAAGUGAAGUUUGAAAAAUUUUCAGAGUUUUCUAGUUACAAUCCAGUUUUUCAGAUUUGAUAAUGCUUUUCCAAAGUGAAAAUAAGAUACACAAUAAUCAUUGCUCUGUGUGAUUACAAAUAGGAUUAUCCAUCUGCAUAGCCUUGUAAGAGUGCCAUUUUAUUUUUAGUGCUAAAUUCUUGUUUAAAAAUGUAGUUUUAUAUAGCUGAUAGACCAACCUAUAUCCAAACUUUUAUAAAAGAUUAUUAACUAUUCUUGUUUUUCUCACACAGGCAUACUCCAAAUGCUGCUUCCAAUUCACUUUCAGCCAUCAGUUCAAGAGCCAAUGCCUUUUUAAAAUAAAGCUUCUGUGGUCUUGUUUUAAAUGGCUCAACUGUCUGAUGCAAUUGGGUGGAGGUUUGCACUGAGAAGUUAUCGUUUAGGCCUUACCCCCAUGAAGUAUUACUGUUAACAUAUGUUCAGAUUGCUUCCCUUCACCAAUGUGAACUUUUUUUCCCCAAACAGUGUUAAAAGCCACUUUACAACACUUGACUUCAUAUUAAUGUACAUUCACUGUUGUUUCAUACAUAUCUAAGUAAAUCAGAGUUUUGGUUGGAAGUUUUGAGAAGUGUGAGUUUUUUGUUGUUUUUGUUUUGUUUUACUUAAAACGUUAAUUUAUCCAAAAUGGCAGUAGCUUUAGCAGAUGGCCACAAUCUGUUUUCUAAAUCAUUUUUUAUUAAAUGAAUCCAAAGUAUCCUAGCUCUUUGUCAAAGAUGGUCUGUAGAAAUGGUUUUGAAGAUUAGUGAUGCUGUACUUUCUGAAUUGCUGCAGUGUUGGAGAUGCCAUUUUCACCUUUUUAAGAAGAUGCAUUUUAUUUGCAAGAUUGUGAAGUUCUUGCAAACUCUUACUACAGAAAUGUUUUAAGUAAAUUCUCAGGCAUGUUUGCAAAUAUGGCACAUGUAUACAUGUGGAAAUGUUACUUUUCUUAAUCUUUUAAAAAUAUACCUAAUGAAAGACAUUCCACUAUUAUAAUGUGUAAUGCUCAGCUUUUUGUAGAGAAAUAUUUAAAUGUAUUUUAUGUUUAUACAGGUAUUUCACACAGUAAUUUGUUCUUCAUAAUGCAGCCACUAUAACUUGAUAAGUCAUUGCACUAUUUAAAAAGUUUUAGUAAUAUCAUGAAUUUAAUUUGCUUAAGAUUUAGUACAUUUCAGAACUUUUGAACUCUUGACAAACUGCAUUGGGAAAAGAAGUCUGUUAAUAGUGAUUUAGUUGCCCUGCCUCAUUUCCACCCCCAACAAAGCACUGUUAUUUUCACUGGGAAUGGUAUUUUCUGUUUCAUGAUGUAUUUUCAAAUAGAGUUCAGGAUCUGCAAUUCAGUUCAACACAAGUUUGUUGAGCUUUAAAAUGUAUUUGAAGUAAUAUUUAAAUAGGCAUUUAAAAUUUCAAAUUAGAUGUUAAAUUUAUGCAUAGUAAUUUUGCACUGUAAAAUAAUUCCCUUCUCCCAUUCCUUGUCUGCCAUUCUGAAUAUGCUUAUUAAAAUAUUUUUUUAAACAUA